CAUGUACUAUUCCGGUUGUUUACGUAUUUCGAAUGCACACGUCUUUCAGUGAAUUGUACAAGUAUAGCUGUCAACGUUCAACACGUGACCCCACUAGAUGAUUCCUAUCUCUACAUCGGCUCCACGGCCACAGUCAGGGUAUCUGUUGUCAUUCCCGUGGGAUAUAUUGAAGAGUUGAGAAUCACCCUCAUCCACGAUGGGGAGAAUGUUGACUUCGAUACUAUAAAGGCAAAUCAUACAGGCAACAUGGAUUUCACCGAUUCCACAUCCGUGUGGAGUAGAUAUUACAAUACAAGUUUCCAAAGGUUUCACAGAGUCUGUUACAAAUUUUAUAACAUUACCACGUCAUAUUCCAACAGUACUGAAAAUCGGCUACUUUCUGAUUUUUAUGUGUAUCUGCAUAACGCAAAAGGUUUACAAGAUGGACAAAACAUAAGCAUAGAUGCAAAAGUUUCUUACCAGUGGAAUGGAAUAAAUCUGAUUGAAUGUCCAGUCCAUCCGUUCAGUUUUACCAUAAAAACACUGCUUUUGAAAAUGAAUAAGACGGCUUCCUUUUCCAUGGUGGCACCAAAGACAUCUGAACUCCCUUCUGGAAUCAACCUACUUAAUAAAAUUACGUUUAGGGCGUGGGUUCCAGAUUAUAAUCCUUCGAUUAAAGUUCUUCUGCAAAGACACACCGACUCUCUUUGGAUUGCAUACUUGCGAGUGCCCAGCGUUGGAUUGUCAUAUAGGACAGGCUACGGAGAUAUCCGAUUGCUUAAAGUUUCAAGUUGUGGUGCUAACACCUCGUUGUUGAUAGAAUUCCCCUCACACUGGGUGAACAGAGGUUACUACAAAGAUUCAAAAACAACGGCCUAUGACAAAAUAGAAUUCGAGGCCGGUAUUAUGAUGACAAAGUCAGCUGAUUUGGAUUCAGAACAAACUGUCCGCAUAAGCAUUCUAUUGGAUGAUGUUGAAGUGUGGAACUCGACAGUUUCCCUCAAAGUCAACUCUACAGUAAAUGCGGAUUCACUGGUCAAGAUGUCGAUAGUUGAUGACCUCGUGAAUGGACCUAUCGUAUCCUCCAGCAAUAUACCACUAAUGUUAGUCAUCGAAACACCAGCGAACACGGCAGAGAUUAUAAAUAUCAGGUUAUGGACAGGAAAUCUCUUGGAGACAGGGGAACCAGCAGCAAUAAUUAAGAAUGUGUCUUUUCACCGUGCUGACGAAAACAUUACGUGUUAUGACCUGAAUGCACUUUAUCACAAAACAGAAAACUCAUCGGUUCAGAACUCCGCCUUAAUUCAUUUGAAGUAUCCAUACCUACAUCGAGCUCAAAGAAUGGAUUCCAUGGAGAUCUGAAGUUUUGUGAUGUAACUUAUAAUGGAGACAUGAACAGAAAUAUUAGUAAAUGUGUUUAUAAUUGU